AUGGGGUGGGUGAGGGGGGUGGUGGGGAAUGGGGGGUAUGGGAUAUUGAGGAAGGAUAGGGGGGGGAUUUUGGGUAGGAGGGAAGGGGGGGUGGUGAGGAUAUGGGGGGAGUUUGGGGGUGGUGAUGGAAGUGAUGUGGUUUGGUUGGGGGGGGGGGGGUGUGGUGAGGGGUUGAAAGUUUAUUGGGGUUUAUGGUGGGUUGGGUGGGGGGUGUUUUUGUUUAUUGGUGGAUUGAUUGGGUGUGAUUGUUGGGGGGGGGGGGGAUUGUUGGGUUGGGGGGUAGGAUUGGGGGGGUUUUGGUGGGGUGGUGUGGGGGUUUUGUGUGGGGGGGUGUUUGUUGUGUGGGGUGGGGGGGGGGGGUGUGGUGUUUUUUGGGUGGGGUGGGGUGGGGGGGUGGGGGGUGGGUUGGGGUUGGUUGGUUUGGUGUGGUGUUUUUGGGGGGGGGGGGGGGGGGGGGUGGGUUGGGUGGUAGGGGGGUUGGUUGUUGGUGGGGGGGGUGUGUGGGGGGUGGUGGGGGUGGUUGGGAUUGGGUGUGGGUGUUGGGUGUGGGGGGGGGUAUUGAGUGUUUGUGUUUUUAUGUGUUAUUGGUGUAUUGGGGUUUUUGUGGUGGUUUGUGGGGUUGGGUUGGGGGUGGGGGUGUGGGUUGGGGGGUGGGUGGGUGGUGUGUGGGGGGGGGGGUGUGGGGUUGGGGGGGGUGGUGUUUGGUGGUGGUUGUGGUUGGUGUUUGGUAGGUUUUGGUGUUUGUGGGGGUUGUGUUGUGGGUGGGGGGGUGGGGUGUUGGGUUGUGGUGUGGGUUUGGGGGGGGGUUGGGGGUGGUGUUAUGGUGGGGGGGGGUUGUGGGGGUGGGGGGGGGGGGGGUGGUUGGGUAGGGUGUUUGUGGUAGGGGGGUGGGGGGUGGGGGGGGUGGGGGGAGGUUGGGGUGAGGGGGAUGGGUGGGGGUUGGGGUGUGGGGGUUUGGUAGGGUUGUGGGGGGGGGGGUUUGGUGGGGGGGGGGGGUGUUGUGUUGGGGUGGGGGGGGGGGGUGUGGGGGGGGGUUGUGUGGGGGUGGUUGGGGGGUUUUGGGGUGUUGUGGGGUUUUUUGUGUGUGGGGUGAGGGUGGGGUGUGGUGGGGUGGUGGGGGUGGGGGGGGGGUGGGUGGAGGGGUUUGUUUGGUGGUUUGUGUGGUUUUGUUGGGUUGUUAGUGGUGGUUGGGGGUUUGGUGUUGGGGUGGGGGGGGGUGUGGGGGGGAUUGGGGGUGUGGGGGUGUGUGUUGGGUGUGGGGGGUGUGUUUGGGGGGGUGUUGUGGGGGGUGGGGGGGUUGGGGUAGGGGUGUGGUGGGGUGGUGGGGGGGGGGGUUUUUGGGUGGUGGGGGGUUUGGUGGUGGGGGGGGUGGUGUGGGUUGUGGUUGGGUUUUGGGGGGGGGUGGGGGGUUUGGGGUGGGUUUUUGUUGGGUGUGGGGGGGGGGUGGGGUGGGUGUGGGGGUGGGGGGUGGGGGUGUUUGGGGUUGGGGUGGGGGUUGGGGGGGGGGGUGGGGUGGGGGGGGGGUGGGGGGUUGUUGUGGGGGGUUGUGUUGUGGGGGUGGAGUUGUUGGGGGGGUGGGUUGUGUGGGUUGGGGUAUGGGUGGUGAGGGGGUUGGUGGGGGGGGGGUGGGGUGUGUGUGUUUGUUGUGUUUGGUGUUUGUGUGUUUGGGGGGGUUGUGGUGUGGGGGGGUGGUGGGUGGGUGAGGGGGUGUGGUGUUGGGGGUUUUUGGGAGUGGGUGGGUUUUGGUUGGGGGGGGGUGGGGGGUUGGUGGGUGGGGGGUGUGGGUGGGUGGGGGUGGGGAGUGGGGUGGGGGUGGUUGGGGUGGGGGGGGGGGGGGUGGGGGGUUUGUGUUGGGUGGGGUGGUGUGUGGGUGGGUGUGUGGGGGGGGGGGGUGGGUGGUGGGGGGGUUGUGGUGGGGGGUGUGGGGGGGGUGUUUUGUUGAGGGGUUGGUUUUGGGUUUGGGGUGUGGGGGGGGUGUUGGGUUGGUUUUGUAUGGUUGGGUUUGGUGGGUGGUUGUGGGGUGGUUGGUUAUAUGGGGGGGUUUGGGUGUUUGUGGGUGUUUGGUGUGGGGGGGGGUGGGGGGGUUGGGGUGGGGUUGGGUGGUUGGUUGGGGGGUGGGGGGGGGGGGGGGGGGGUGGGGGUGGGGUGUUGGGGGUGGUUGGUUGUGUUGUGGGGGGGGAGGGGGUUGGGGGUUUGGUGGGGGGGGUGGUGGUUUGGUGGGGGGGUGGGGGUGGUUGGGUUGGGGGGGGGGUGGGGGGGUGGUGGGGGGGGUGGGGGUGGGGGUGUUGUGGGUGGGGGGGGUGGGGUGGUGGUGGGUGGGGGGGGGGUGGGGUUGGUGGGUGGUUUGGGUGGGGGGGGGGUGGGUUGGUUGGUGGGGGGGGGUUUGUGGGGUGUUGGGGUGGGGUGGGGGUGGGGGGUGGGGGUGGGGGGGGGGGGGGUGGUGGGGUGUGGGGAGUGGGGUUGGGGGGGUGGUUGUGGGGGGGGUGGGGGGGGGGGGGGGGGGGUUGGUGUGGGUGGGUGGGGUGGGGUGGGGUGGGGGUGGGUGGGGGGGGGGGGGGGGGGGGGUGGUGGGGGGGUGGGGGGGGGUUGGGUUGGGGGGGUGGUGUGUUUUGGUUGUUGGGUGUGAGGGGUUUGGGGUUGGGUUGUGUUGGGUUUUGGUGUUGGUGGGUGGGGAUUGUGGGUUGGGGGGGUGGGGUGGGGGGGGGGGGUGGGGGGGGGGGGGGUGUGUUGGGGUGGGGGGGUGGAUGGGGGGGUGGGGGGGUUGUGGGGUUGGGGGGGGGGUGUUGUUUUUGGGUGGUGGUGGGUUUUGGGAGGUUGUUGGUGUAUGGGGGUGUGUGUGGUUGGGGGGGGUUUGUGUGUGUGGGGUGGGUGUUGGUGGUGGGUUGGUGUUGGGGGGGGGGGGUUGUUGUGUUGGUUUUGAGGGUUGUGGUUUUGGGGGAGUUAGUGGUUGUUUUGUGUGUGUGGGGGGUUGUUGGUGGUUAUUGGGUGGGUGGGUGGGGGUGUUGGGGGUGUUGUGGGUGGGUGAGUGGUUUAUGGUUGGGUAGUAUUGGUGGGUUUGGGGGGGGGGGUUUGGGUGGGGGUGUGGGGUGGGGGGUGGGGGGUAGGGGGUUGGGUGUUGGGUGUUUUGGUUGGGGUUUUUGGUGUUUUGGUGGGAGAUGGGUGGUGGGUGGGGGGGUGGGGGAUGAGAGGAAGGGGAAAGGAUGUUGGUGUUUGGGGUGGGGGUUAUGGGUAUUGGUGGAUGUGUUAGGAGAUAUAUGUAUGGGGUGGUGUUUGGUGGGAUGGGGUGUGUGGUGUUUUUUGGGGAUUAGGGGUGGGGUGGUUUAA